AAGUAAUCUCCUCUGCAUAAUAAUCAAUCAAUUCGGUUUUCACUCUUCCUUUGAUCAUUCCCAAAAUUCCAAGUAAUCAUGGGUGUUUUCACAUACGAAUCUGAGGUUGCUACUGCAAUUCCCCCAGCCAAGAUGUUCAAAGCUUGUAUCCUUGAUGGUGACAAUCUCAUCCCCAAGAUUGUUCCCCAGGCUUUUAAGAGUGUUGAGUACAUGGAAGGCAGUGGCGAGCCUGGGAGCAUCAAGAAGAUUACCUUUGGAGAAGGAAGCCAAUUCAAUUACAUGAAGGAGAAGGUUGAAGCAUUAGACAAAGAUAGCUUUGUCUACGUCUACAGUGUGAUUGAAGGCGAUGCUUUGAUGAACAUGCUUGAGAAAAUCACCUAUGAGACCAAGUUGGAGCAAUCUCCAGCUGGGGGAUCCAUAUGUAAGACCACCAGUAAAUAUUACACCAUUGGUGACUUUGAGAUCACUGAAGAGGGAAUCAAGGCCGGCAAAGAAAAGGCCUUGGGAGUUUUCAAGGCUGUUGAAGCUUACCUUCUGGCAAAUCCUGAUGCCUACUGAAAAAUCCCAAACUUUUGAGACAUAGCAUCCACAAUUCAAUGAUCAUAAUAUAAUGUGGGAUGCAUGCGUUUGUGCUCGCGUUGCGAGGGGGAGUUUCUUUCUUUUAUUUUCUUCUUCUUUUUCCCUUUUACUGUUAAAAAUGUUGGUCCAAGAGUGACCUUCAGUUUGCUAAUAAUAGGUCACAAUAAAGCACCAUCAAAAUAUA